UAUUCCAAUGACAUCCAAGUUGGUAAUUGUGGUGGGAAUUUGGGUUUCCUAUAUUGAUCCUCCAAGAAUAACCACCUCCUAAAGAUAUCCCAUUUUUACUUUCUCUAAAAAUUUGCCCUCUGCAUUUUUUCUUCUUAUUCUCCUGCCUUCUCUCUCUCUCUCUCUCUCUCUCUCUCCCUCCCUCCACAACUCAAUGUAGUUGAGUCUUUUCCUCCUUUUGUAUUCAGGAGGGCCUCUUCUUUCUUCUUCUGGUUUAGUGGGGUCCCAUUCCGGAAUUCCUACUGUGUAAUUUGGGAAACCCUGCGAAGCCUAACCAUGGCGGUGGAAGAGACCGUAGGAGAAACUAAAGGAACCCCAGAAAUGGAAUCAGAAUCACAAGGCGGUCUGAGGAAGAUGGAGUCGUGCGAGGAAGACACGUCACCGAGGGGCGUGUUGGAAAUCCCUGUCACCGACUCGGACUACAGCGGCAGCAGCUGCGCCUCGUCAUCUUGUUCCGAAAAGACGAUGGGCCAGCACCGGACGCUAAUGCGCAGCAACGGGUUGCAGAGGAGAGGCAAGGGAAUGUUCGAUGCCUUGAAGAAGAAGUCGGCGAGGCGGUUUUCGACCAUUCCAAUAUUAGCUGCCAGCUACGAACUGUCCAGGAGAAACUUGAGGAGGAGACUGGCUCGGAUUUGGAGCACCGAGGAGGAGGAGGAGGAGGAGGAAGGAGCUGAUGAGAUGUCGGUUACGAAGCCGUCAUGGAGGAACUUUGAUUACGCUGAGCUUGCUGCUGCUACUGGCAAUUUCAAACCUGAUAACCUGAUUGGCAAAGGUGGGCAAGCAGAAGUUUACAAGGGGUUCUUAUACAAUGGAACAGUUGUAGCAGUAAAGAGGCUAAUGAAGAAAGAUAACGAAAAAGAAAACGAGGAUCGAGUUGGCGAUUUCUUGGCAGAGCUUGGGAUUAUUGCACACAUAAGGCACCCGAAUGCUGCUCGCCUACUUGGCUUUGGCAUCGACGGUGGUUUGCACCUUGUCCUGCAAUUUUCCCCACAUGGCAGCUUAGCUUCUCUACUCUUUGGUACGUCAGAAUGUAUGGAUUGGAAGAUCAGGUUUAAGAUAGCAAUUGGGAUAGCACAAGGUCUGCGAUAUCUCCAUCACGAAUGCCACAGGCGCAUCAUUCACCGGGACAUCAAAGCCUCUAAUAUAUUACUAACCGAAGAUUAUGAAGCUCAGAUAUCUGAUUUUGGACUAGCAAAGUGGCUCCCAGAAAAAUGGACUCACCAUGUUGUAUUCCCUAUUGAAGGCACAUUCGGGUACUUGUCUCCAGAGUACUUCAUGCAUGGAAUUGUCGACGAGAAGACUGAUGUGUUUGCAUAUGGGGUCUUAUUACUGGAGCUCCUGUCAGGUCGGCGUGCAGUUGAUUCAACUCAGCAAAGCCUUGUGAUAUGGGCAAAGCCGCUUCUAGAUGCGAGUAAUAUGAAGAAGCUAGCAGAUCCUCGGCUGGAGGAUGCAUAUGAUCCGAUUGAGAUGAAAAGAGCCAUGGUAACGGCUUCAAUGUGCAUCAGUCACCAAUCCACAAAGCGUCCAUACAUGAAUCGGGUAGUGCAGAUACUGAAGGGCGAGGAUGGCGUUGCAGAUCAGUUGAGAAAGAAGUCUACAGCAGUGAGAUCACUGGUCCUAGAGGCAUGUGACUUGGAAGAUUACACUUGUUCGAACUACCUCACCGAUCUCAACCGCUACCGGCAAUUGGUGUUGGAUCAGUAGACUGCCGUUGCUCUUUCUCCUGCAGCCUCUCGUUGUUGUUGCAUUGCAGCUAUCAGGGUGAAAGUUUUGGGAUUGUAGUCCCCUUUUGCUGUAUCUUUCCUCAGGCACUCGAACUGAAGCAACUGUUGAUUGAUAGCUACAUAUUUGUAGAGAAUACUAGGAAAAGUGGCAUUUUGUUAUUGUUGUGGCAUGAUAUGUUAUGUUGUGGAACGAUCAAUUAGAAAAUUGUACAUUCAGACGUUUGACGCAGCUAAUGCUCUACUAGUUGAACGAUCGAGAUUGAUAACUUGGCAACAUAACAUACCGUAAUAUCUAGCAAAAGGAAGUUACUUUUAACAAAGUGUAGCCCAUGAUGGGUGUGUUUAUGUUAUCUCUUCAUGUAAACAAUUCUGAAUCAAGUUGAAUGUUUUCCUUGA